AUGGAGAACCAACAGACAUUGCUACCUAAUAUACUUCACUCAACAGCUAAGUUAUCAGACAUAUCAUCAGACGAAAUCGAAGAGCUCUUGGAACACAAGAAUGUGUCUUUCAAGUUGUAUCUCAAAUUGUUUGCUUGGGAAUCAAGGCUACUUUGGCUUCUUUCUGGGGCUGUUAUUAUAGUCUUGAUUUUUAACUACAUGCUUGGCUUUGUCACCCUUAUGUUUGUUGGACAUUUAGGUUCAUUGCAGUUAGCUGGUGCUUCCAUUGCUAGUGUGGGAAUUCAAGGCCUUGCGUAUGGUGUUAUGUUGGGCAUGGCAAGUGCUGUUGAGACAGUUUGUGGCCAAGCAUAUGGUGCAAAUAGAUAUGCAGUUAUGGGAGUGAUAUGCCAAAGAGCAAUUUUACUUCACCUUGGAGCAGCUUUUCUCCUCUCAUUUCCUUACUGGUUUUCAGGGCCAUUGCUUAAAGCAAUAGGCCAAUCAGAGACCCUAUCUGAGCAAGGCGAAUUAUUCACCCGCGGAUUGAUCCUUCAGCUCUAUGCAUUUGCUAUAAGUUGUCCAAUGCAGAGGUUUCUGCAGGCACAGAACAUUGUUAACCCUUUGGCUUAUAUCGCGGUAUCCGUGUUCAUUGUGCAUGUUGUGAUCACUUGGCUGGUGGUUAAUGUCUUGGAAUAUGGUCUAUUCGGGGCUGCCCUGGCACAGAGCUUCUCGUGGUGGCUGUUGGUCAUCGCGCAAGGUCUUUACGUUGUUUAUAGUCCUUUGUGCAAAGAGACUUGGACUGGUUUCUCUAUGAAUGCUUUCAAUAGCAUUUGGCCUUACUUCAAGCUAACUGUUGCCUCUGCAGUCAUGUUAUGCUUGGAGAUAUGGUACUUCCAAGGCCUAGUACUUGUAUCAGGGCUACUUCCCUAUGCUACAAUCUCACUGGACUCCAUCUCUGUUUGCAUGAAUUACUGGAACUGGGACAUGCAAUUUAUGUUGGGACUAGCAGCUGCAGCCAGUGUUCGAGUUAGUAAUGAGGUUGGAGCAGGACAUCCAAGGGUCGCUAAAAUGUCGGUGAUUGUAGUGAACAUGACUAGUAUCAUGUUCAGUACAAUUCUCUGCAUUAUUGUGCUGAUAUGCAGAGUUGGAUUAAGCAAACUCUUUACAAGUGACUCUCAAGUCAUUGAAGCUGUCUCUCAUUUGACUCCAUUACUUGCCAUUUCUGUUUGGUUGAAUGGCAUUCAGCCUAUUCUCUCUGGUGUGGCUGUUGGAAGUGGAUGGCAAGCAGUGGUAGCAUAUAUCAAUCUAGCUACUUACUAUUGUAUUGGUCUCCCAAUUGGAUGUUUUCUUGGCUUCAAAACAAGUUUGCAAGCAGCAGGAAUAUGGUGGGGGAUGAUUGUUGGAGUAAUCCUACAAACAUUCAGCUUGUUUAUUUUAACUGCCAGAACAAACUGGAAUACUGAGGUUGCAAAAGCUGCUUAUCGUUUGAAUGAAGCUGGAAAUAGAGAAGAUGAAGAUCUUGGAGACAACCAUUGAAGAGAGUCUUCAAAUUCUUUUCAGACUAUAUUUGGGCAAUAAGUGUUUGCUUCAACAUGAAAUGCAAAUCAGCCAAUUGUGAAACAAUAUGAGAUUUGAAUCUCAUCAAAGUCCUUCCUAUUUAUCUUCCUUUCUCAUUGUUCACAUAUAGCAACAAACAUAGAUCACAAUUAUGAAAGAACCUUGGUUACUAUGCA